AUGGACCAGUCGGAUAUGACUCUGGACGUGGAGAAACCGGCGGAUGGCACCGGCCUGACCAUCGAGGCGUGGGCGGAAGGGUACAUGGUCGGCAGCCUGAUCAUCAUGGCCUGUCUCGCCGUCGCCAACAUGCGGAGGAAGGUGCUCCUGCACAAGUUGAUCGUCAUGGAGGUGAGCACGAGCGAUCCCCCCCACAAACAAGAACAAGAACAAGAACCAGAACCAGAACACGCCCCGCUCACUCACAUCACGCCACCAUAGCUGCUCUUCGGGACGCUGCACGGCACUUUCAUCUUCACCAGUGAGUCCGAAUGCAGGACAACAUGACAUGGCCGCAUCUUGACAUGUGCCGCAGAUCCACCAGUGUAUAACUGGUAUCUAAGGUGAGAUUAUAUAUAUAUAUAUAUAUAUACCAGCUGCCCCCACUAACCAGCCUCUGCAUAGCACCACCGCCGUCUUCCUCAACAUCAGCUGGAGUCUCCACAAUGUCAUCGCCUGGAUGAAGAACAAGCCCUUCCUCGGCAACAAGGCCUCCCUCAUCUACAUCGCCACCGUCAUCCUCGUCCAGCCGUACUGGGUCGUCGAGAUCGUCGCAAACUUUGUACCUCUUCCACAUGAAGCAACCCCGUCCGUCCAUGCACACACCUUCUGACCACACAUGUAUUUGAUACAGCUCUACUUCAGCAACCGAAACGACCUCUUCGUCCACACCCGACCCUAUGAAGCCCUCUUCCGCGAUCCAUGGUGGAUCUUCACCGCCUGCAACCUCUUCUGGAACAUCAAGCAGAAGUACGAAUUCGGCUACUGGGAACUCGUCCGCGUCUCCCCGCGCUUCGGCGUCCUCCUGUCCGCCAUGAUCGUCAGCAUCAUCUUCAUCCUCAUCGACCUCCUCUCCGUCACCCACGUCAUCGACAGUGGCGCCCUGCCCGACGGCCUCAAUCCCUUCUGGAAGCUGGCCUUCGUCUUCAAAUGCCUCACCGACACCAUCGUCCUCGACGACUUCAAGACCGCUCUCGAUCGCCUGAAGCAGCACAAGAUGGAUCGCAUGGGCAGCCUGCUCAGCGACGGGCUCCGCGGAGACUUUGUGGACGUGGAACAGGCCAGGCGCAAGAGGGCCCACGACGAGGAUCGGAAUCACCAGAAUCGUCAACUCUCGCUACCAUCCGACUCGUCCCAUGAUAGGAAAUCGCACGACUGGUCCAAAGGGCCGAAUAAGACGGGCCUCAUGGAUCUGGAAGCCGCUCUCCACCUCGACGACCUCUACCGGGAUCGCGGCCAACCUUCCGUCUCGAGUGCCGGUUGA